UAUUAUCUUCUAAUAAUGCAACUAAUAAUAAUAACCUUCAACAAUCUUUAUCAGAUGAAAAUUUAUCUUCUACUAAAUCAUCCAAUGAAAGUAGUUCACGAGAAUUUCAGUCUGCACCAUCUAUUAAUGAAAUUGUAGAUGAUAAUAAUAAUGAUACUCAACAAUCUUUUAAUAUAAUUAAAGUUGAUGAUAAUAACGAUACUCAACAAUCUUCUGGUGAAACUAUAAUCAAAAAUAAUAAUAAUACUUAUCAAUUUUUGGGUGAGACAAUAAUCGAAGAUAAUAAUGAUACUCAUCAAUCUUCAG